UUCAACAAACCAUCUUUACGACUUUGGCAGUACUGUUAUUAUGAAAAGCGUUUGCAUUGCUUUUUUUUUCACUGCCACCGUUUCCAGCUUCACACUUCUACUCGCCUGCGUGUUGAUAUUGACGUCGCUUCAGCUUUAGCUGCAGAGCUGCUCAGCCUUUCCCCGCUGCCUGUGAUCGAUCAAGAUGGAGAAAGCAGAGGCCACAUCGGAGCUCCAGUCCAGACUGUCGUCUCUGUCCGUUUCGUCUUUCUCCGGCAUCGCGUCCAAAACCUGUGACUCCAACCCGCUGGACAGGCUUCAAAGCACAGAUCUUUCUCAGCCCAUAAUACACCCUGACAACCAGAGCCAAAUGGAUGCCAACAGCAAUACCAAAGGAUUACAGCAACCAACCAAGGAUGAGUCAGCUGCAGAAGGAGACUCCGUGGAAAGUGGUACAGCUGAAAAAUCCCCCCACCCUGGAGAGAGAAACGCCUUACCACCUUUGCAGCCAGCCAACACAUGGACCUCUGUGUCCCUGAAAGAGUUGAAGGCUAAGCUGCGUCAGGAGAAGGACAGCGUGGUCACUGUUUACCGUGGAGACAUUAUGACUGUUCAUGUACCUACCAUCCCUGAGGCCAAGCACGUGUGCUGGGAGUUUGCUACAGAUGGCUACGACAUCGGGUUUGGGGUUUACUUUGACUGGUCGCCCGUUACCUCCCGAGCCAUAACGGUGCACAUCAGUGAGUCUAGUGAUGAUGAGGAUGAAGAUGAUGAGCUUGAAGCUGGACCCAUGGUUCCUGGAGAUGUGGAGAAAGGGUCUAAAACGUCAGUCAACUCUAAUUUGGGAGAGAUCCUUCCUGUGUACCGUCAGGAUAGUCACCUGGCUGUUCAAGGGGGUAGUCACAGUUUCCCAGGAGAAGGCACAUACCUCCUAAAGUUCGACAACUCCUACUCCUUAUGGCGGAAUAAGACUCUGUACUACAGAGUGUACUACAGUGCCUGAGGAACCAAGAGCACAUCUGCAGAUGAAUGUUUUUGAUAAUAUAUAUUUUUGAUCAAUAUAUAGAUAUAUAUUUACAACACUGUAUACAUAUCAUUCCUGCUAUUAAUUCAUACACUGAUUUUUUUUUUUUUUCUUUUGAUGCAGAUUUUAUUGUAUAAAUGCUAAGCCAAAAUCAGCCAAUCAUAUUUGUCCUAGUCUAUAUGAAAGGUUUUUAAACUUGAGAAUUGUAGAGCUUGGUCAGUGUGCAAAUAUAUUGUGUGUAUUUUUCAAAUGUGUGGAGAAUUUGUGACGUGCCGAUAUACAUGUUUUGUAUUUAUAUUGUCUUGUUGCACCACAACAUAACUGUGGUCUCAGUAAUCGGGUAAUACAGUGGUUCAGGGAAAGAUGCUUAAGCAAAUGAAUUAAUUGCUCAGUAGUAUGUGGUGAGGAAUAAAGAAGAAAAGGAUGGAAGUGUGAAUGUGUGAUGUGGCACUGGCCGUUACUGACUCAGGUGAUGAAUACUAAGGGAUAUUUUUCAUAUUUAUACUCCAUUCACAGACAAAACAGCCAGUGCUGAUCCUGCGUUGAUUCACCUGGGAUGCAUUGACAUGUUUAUUGUUGUAGCCUUGAGGUGCUUUUCUGUACACUAUCUAAUCUUCAUCUAAUCCAAAUACCAGUAGGGUUGCAGUGAUGCAGUUGCAAACCCUCGGAGUAACACAUUCAGAUUUUCACUUUUUUUUUUUAAACCUGGAUAUUCAACUUCCAUUAGCUCAGUCACUAGGGAUAUUGGCCACAGCCUUCCUUUUUAUGACUUAAGUGCAAACUAUUUCCUGUCACGAAAAGCCAAGUUGUAAUAUAACUAAUUCAAUAUUUACAUGACCCACCAGGUGCCAUUUAGUGGAUGGGGGGUUGGUGUGGUUUGGCACCUGUUUGCUUUCUGAAUGGUUGUAAAGGUUGAUGUGCUCUUAAACUAUUAUAGAAACAUAUGCUGCUUUAUCUAGGUCAGCUAAAUGAACAAUGUUCUACACAAAGCUCUGUUGACAAUCGUAGUGCUGUGCUGUAUUUUUCUGUUAGUUUUUUUUUUGUUGUCGUUGACCAAGAGUACCAAAACAAGUGUUGACUUGAGGGAGAUAACUGCUAUAAUGUGGGCAGUUCAGCAGCUUGAGGGAGUGUUCUGUUCAUACACCUGCACUCAGUUCACGCACACGUCCCUUUUUUUUUAACUUCUGUUCGUUUGCAUGUUUCCAAAGGGACCUUUCAAUUGUGCUGCUGAAAUACCCAAUAUUUUUUGUUUACCAUGCUCUUGUUUGUGAUGUAUGAAUAUCAUCAUUGGUCUUCUGCUUUUACUCUACUGCUUCUGCUUUUUAUUCAAUAAAUAUUUGUAUGUGGUA